AUGCAAGGGUUCGUCCAAUCACCAGAAGCGUUUUCUCCUGGAAGGGGCCAUAAAAGGGCAAGUGCUACCACAGGACGUAUUGGGGACAAGAGAGAGGAUUCACGCGAAGAGGGUGAGCCGGCGGAGACAGAUCAAGACACAGUCCAAAGCUCCCAUGGAAGGGAUAGUGCAGCGAAAGUGAGUGAAGAUUCAACCGUUCAGGACCAACAUGGUGUUAGAGACGAGAGCGCGAAUGCGAGAACGACUGUCAGGAACAGGGUGAUGGCCCCGCACGUUUUAUCCGGAGCGGAGUUGGUGAGAGAGGACAGACAGACAGGGUUGCCUCAGGACGGAUCCCCUGGAACACCUGGAGCGGCACCACGAGGGGACGUUGGUGAGGUACCGGCAUGGCCUGCGCACGCAAGGUUUAAUCAGGGUCAUGCCAAGACUGAGGGCCUUGAUGCCUCUGCCAGCCCCCCGGGGGGGGCGCCUUUCUUUUCGCAGCCCCCUUCCUUCACUCAGCUCCCUCCACACUGGGCGACCGCCAUAGAUCCCUCUACGGGGGCGACGUACUACUAUCACGAGCGGACGGGUGCAUGCUCUUGGAAGCCUCCCCCCUCUCUCCCUCCGUUCCACUCUCCCUCCCUCCCUCCCUCCCUUCCUCCUUCCUGGGACCCCUCCCUGGGAUGGCGGGGACACGCGACCACGCUCUGCGGCCCACAUCUACCGCCUGAGCUGAGGAAGCUGCACGCAGCCCUGGAAAAGGUUCCCCUCCCGCUCCCUGACGCGGAUUCCCCGCCUUUCCCUCCGCUCCCCGCCCCCGAGCCCUCUUUGGACCAGACGUGGGUGAAGCUGUGCGAGGAGGGAACAGGGCGUGCUUUUUACUACAACGUGGUUUCUCAAGCGAGGCAGUGGGAGGUGCCUAUUGGCUACCAG